AUGCAUUUAUUUGGCGGUGAAUUUUGUACAUUACAAGCGUUCAAUUCCACAUCACGUGAACAACUUGACAUGAAAUGUCGUUGUUGCACGUGUCCCGAAAUGGAUCUUCUCAGAAAUCAUACUGACCUCCAAGAUCUCAAAUGUAUACAAGAGAGAAAAAAUUUCGAUUCACUACGUUUUGCAGUAUUAACCGUCUUCCAGGUGUUAACACAGGAAGAUUGGAAUGAAGUACUUUACAAUGGAAUGGAGAAAACAAGUGCUUGGGCAGCGUUGUAUUUCAUUGCAUUGAUGACAUUUGGAAAUUAUGUUUUGUUCAACUUGUUGGUUGCCAUUCUUGUCGAAGGAUUUUCGACAGAGAAAGGAAGUAGUGGCUCAGAAAGUGGAAGUAGUACUGAUCGCUUAGCCAAAGCUGAUCCAUUCAAGACUCAAGCUCUUUUAACUGGUGACGUUGAAGUGCCAGCUAAUCCACAUGAAUUAGUUACAGAUGAUGUCGCAAGUGCGAAAAAUAGUAAUAAUGAAAACCGAAGUACUCGUACAACAAAAGAAGUAAAAAUCAUGAUUCCAAAAAUCUCCAUUAGUAACAAUGAUGAUGAUCCAACUUUAUUAAUGCUUGAAGCACACAGACGACGAGCAACUACUGUCUCAUCUCCACCAUCGCCAUAUAAAUCUAUAAUCAAACAUCGUCCCUCCCAACCUCAAACACCUUCAUCUACUUCAACAACGACGCAAAGUUACUAUACAUGUCCAACGCGGGUCGAAUCUUAUGUUUCGAAUGAUCUCGCACGAAAGUCAUCAACUAUGAAACAUACAAAUCAAGGACCGAGAAAGAAACAAAGUGUUGAUGAGAACGACACUGAAAAUGAUGUUUCCGAAAUGUCGCAAAUAGAAGAUAUUACAAGUAUAACCGCAUCCAUCCGCGAACGCAGACCUUUUAAACGACGUGAUACAAUAUCAACUACUUCAAUGUCAAAUCGACACCAAAAUAUUCUCAGAAGGCAAUACAGUUUAGGUGGACAGCGUUCAUCAAAUAUUGUUAAUACCUCCUUGACUACAGGACUUACGAAAUCGACACAAAAACAGUUCAUCCCACAUGUCUCAACGCCGCCUCCUCCAUUACCGUGCGUUGAGAGAAACGUUCGCAAUUCAUUAUCUCAGACAAAUUCAAAUCAGCAAGAAAAAAAAUGCGUGCCAAUACGUCGAACUGCUUCUCAACGCCCAUCAACUACAUCCUCGUCAUCAUCGACGACAACGAUCUAUCGUAGUUUCAUUGAACGAGAUGGAAAAUUAAUUGAACAAGAAAUCAAUUCAUUGGAUCCGAUGAGAGAACGACGAUCGACGCUCGAUAAUUCUUCGCGUCGAACAACAAAAAAUGAAACAUCAAGUAUUUACGAAACACCAAAACACGAAUGUGAACAAUUCUAUCCGAAAAGCCGAACUAAUUCGAUUCGAUUGAUCACAGAUGCAAAUUUCAAUACACUAUCGGUCGUAAACGAUCAAAGUGAUAUGCAACUAGGCGUCAAAACACCAAAUUUCGAACAAAAUGGUCUUUGUCAAACAUGUUUUUCUCAUCUAUGUGGAACACGUAUGUAUGAUUGGUUCCAACGACGAGAAGAUUACUCACUGUAUCUUUUCUCACCGACAAACCGAUUACGGAAAGCAUUGCAAUGUUUGAUAACAAAGAAAUCAUUUGACUACACUGUUCUGUUUUUCAUUGCUCUGAAUUGUAUAACAUUAGCCAUGGAACGUCCGUCGAUUCCAUCCAACAGCGCUGAACGUCAAUUUCUGAAUAUGACCAAUUAUAUCUUCACUGUCAUAUUUAGCGUUGAGAUGAUUAUAAAAAUCAUUGCUAGUGGACUUAUCUGUGGACCACAAACCUAUUUACAUACAGGAUGGAAUGUUAUGGAUGGAUCACUUGUUGUUAUAUCUAUAGUCGAUCUUUUGACAAUGCAUCGAGGAGGCGGACCGUCGGUAGGUGCAGAGUCUGAUGCGACAACGCGUAUAUUUAGUAUGUUACGCGUGUUUCGUCUACUAAGAACAUUAAGACCACUGAGAGUAAUCAGUCGAGCACCAGGCUUGAAACUGGUCGUACAAACCUUAAUGUCAUCGUUGAGACCUAUCGGUCAUAUUGUGGUUAUUUGUUGUACAUUUUUUAUCAUUUUCGGCAUUCUUGGUGUACAGCUCUUCAAGGGAAAAUUCUAUUAUUGUGAAGGCCCAUACGUUCGCAAUGUGACAACACGGCAACAAUGUGAAGAUACCCCAGAUCAUCGUUGGAAGAAUCAACAAUACAAUUUCGAUAAUUUAGGCCAAGCAUUACUCGCCUUAUUCGUCUUAGCAUCUCGUGAUGGUUGGGUACAGAUAAUGUACAAUGGCAUCGAUGCUGUUGAUGUUGAUAUGCAACCAAUAAGAAAUUAUAAUGAAGCUAAAUUAAUAUAUUUUAUAUCAUUUUUAUUACUUGUGGGCUUUUUUGUGUUGAACAUGUUCGUUGGUGUUGUGGUAGAAAACUUUCAUAAGUGCCGUGCCGAACAAGAGCGAGAAGAGAAAGCGCGUCGGACAGCGAAACGCGCGAAGAAAAUCGAACGUAAACGACGACGAAUGCGCGAAGUGCCGUACUAUGCACAUUUUUCUCCAUGGAGAAGACGAUUACAUGAUAUAUGUAAUAGUAAAUAUUUCGAUUUGAUCAUUGCGGCUGUCAUCGGUCUCAACGUUGUUACCAUGUCAUUAGAAUUUUACUUAAUGCCGCCGGUUUUUGACUUGGCACUUGAUUAUUGUAAUUAUGUGUUUACGAGUGUGUUCAUAUUGGAAUCAAUAUCCAAAGUAAUCGCGCUAGGACCAUUACGAUAUUUUAAAGACAAAUGGAAUCAGUUAGAUACAAUGAUUGUUAUUUUGUCAAUCGCUGGUAUUGUCAUGGAAAAAAUGAAAAGUGGACAAGUACUUCCAAUCAAUCCAACAUUGAUUCGUGUGAUGCGAGUUCUCCGAAUUGCUCGAGUUCUAAAAUUGCUCAAAAUGGCAAAGGGAAUCCGAGCAUUAUUAGACACAGUUAUUCAAGCUCUUCCACAAGUGGGAAAUCUGGGUCUUCUAUUUUUUCUUCUGUUCUUCAUAUUUGCUGCUCUUGGAGUUGAGUUAUUUGGAAAACUAGAAUGUAGCGAAGAACGUCCAUGUGCUGGUCUAGAUAAACAUGCGCAUUUCAAAGAUUUUGGCAUGGCUUUUUUAACAUUAUUUCGAAUUGCAACUGGUGAUAAUUGGAAUGGAAUUAUGAAGGAUGCUUUACGUCAAGAUGAUUCACCUCACGGCGUUAAAAAUCAAUUUGUAACUGCUGUAGCUCCAGUUUAUUUUGUCAUUUUCGUUCUUAUGGCUCAAUUUGUGCUUGUCAAUGUUGUCGUGGCUGUUCUCAUGAAGAAACUCGAUGAAUCCAAUCGUAUGAUGGCCGAUGAUGCAGAAAUCGAUGAAGAAAUUGAAAGACAAUUAGAAGCCGAUGCACAAGAUCGAAAUUAUCUUCAUCAGUCUCUUCUAGAUGAUAAAGAACUCGAUUUCCUAAAUGAUACGAAUACUCAAACUUUUCCGUUAACGAAACAAUUGUCUCUCCCGCCAAAUUUUACCUUCCAUUCGAUGGCAUCACCCGUAGUGCGUCGACAAAAAUCUAAACCAAUUGAAGUCGUUAAGGGUUCAUCUGUUGCUUCAGUCGUUGGUUCGACAUCACGUUUUCUACUGCUACAAAUUGAUAAAUCACCACCAUCAGAUCGUGAAGAAGAAUCGAUUCCACUAGAUGACCAAAUCAAUACAGAAAGUAUGUCACAUCGUCGUUCAAAUACUGUCCCAUCACGUCCGCGAAAACCUCAAGAAAGAAAAGCAUCUACGGAACAAUCAACACAUCUGUCGCCAACUUAUAAACGCAAUACAACCAAUUCCCAACAACAGCCACCAUUCUCACCCUCGGUAUUAAGAGCUCAACCAAAACGUCUUAUACGUGUUAUUGAUGAUACUGACGAUGGCGAAACUCCGAGUGUUAGUACGGUCAAUCCAGAUGACCGCUAA